AGGCGCUGACGUCAUCCGAAGCGGCCGUCCUCCCGGUGUGUACGGUUAGAGUAUAGCAGACAUGUACCGUGGGUUGACGGCUGUGUGCCGCGCUUGGCGGCCGCUUCAUUCAGCUUCCCGCUGCCUGCACACCGUCUACCAGAGCGCCGAGCUGCCUGAUACACACUGCAUGCUACGGGACACAUGCCGGGAGUUCGCUGAGAGGGAGCUGCAACCUAUCGCCGCACAGCUGGACAGAGAACACCGCUUCCCGCAGGAUCAGGUCCGACAAAUGGGGCAGAUGGGAUUGCUGGCUGUGGAUGUCCCAGAGGAGCUUGGUGGUGCAGGUCUUGAUUACUUGGCUUAUUCUAUUGCUGUGGAAGAAAUCAGCCGAGGAUGUGCAUCCACUGGGGUCAUCAUGAGUGUCAAUAAUUCUCUUUAUUUAGGGCCAAUCCUGAAAAAUGCAACAGAAGAUCAGAAAAGAAAGUGGAUUACUCCAUAUUGCAGUGGCGAUAAGAUUGGCUGCUUUUCGCUGAGUGAACCAGGUAAUGGCAGCGAUGCUGGAGCAGCAAGCACAGUUGCCAGGCUGGAUGGGGAUCACUGGGUGCUAAAUGGGACUAAAUCCUGGAUCACAAAUGCAUGGGAUGCUUCUGCAACUGUUGUCUUUGCAACAACAGACAAGUCCUUGAAACACAAGGGUAUUAGUGCCUUCUUGGUUGAGAUGCCAUCACCAGGUCUUUCACUUGGGAAGAAGGAAGAUAAGCUGGGGAUCAGGGCUUCCUCCACAGCAAAUUUAAUCUUUGAAGAUUGCCGGAUACCACGUGAGAAUCUUCUUGGAAAACCUGGAAUGGGCUUCAAAAUUGCUAUGCAAACUUUGGAUGCUGGCCGGAUUGGCAUUGCAUCUCAGGCCCUGGGCAUUGCUCAAGCAGCUCUUGACUGUGCAGUAGACUAUGCAGAAAAGAGAAUCGCAUUUGGAGCACCUAUCACCAAACUGCAAGCUAUACAGUUUAAGUUGGCGGAUAUGGCCCUUGCUUUAGAAAGUGCCAGACUCCUUACAUGGAGAGCUGCAAUGCUAAAGGAUAAUAAGAAACCUUAUACUAAGGAGGCAGCAAUGGCCAAACUAGCAGCAUCAGAGGCUGCAACACGGAUUUCCCAUCAGGCUAUUCAGAUCCUUGGAGGGAUGGGAUAUGUGACUGAGAUGCCCGCUGAACGUCACUACAGAGAUGCUCGAAUCACAGAGAUCUAUGAAGGCACUAGUGAAAUACAGAGACUGGUGAUAGCCAACCAGUUAGUGAAGGAAUACCAGCAGUAAUAUACUGUACUAUGAAUGACUUGCCAAAGCCUUAAUUGCGAAAUAUUACUUCUGGGGAGUAAAAAAAUAAAAUAAAAAAACACUUUAAUGGUUGCAAUGAACAAAGAUAAUCAUCCUGUGCUAAAUCUACGAACUUUACACAAAUGCGAUUUUGUAAAAUUGUUGUUUUGUUUUAGAAGAAGGCUUUUUUACAUUUUUUUUUUUUUUUUUUUUUUUAAUUGAUUUGUUUUGCAUAUGGAAUAAUAUAUACAAGCCUGAGCACACUAUUCAGCACUAAUAUGCUUUGCCCAGCAUUCUUUGUAUAGAGCGAUAUAAAUUUCCUCUGGUCUGAAAUAUAACCUAUAGUGAAGAAGCAUGGCCAAGCCUGCCUAGGGUGGAACACAAGAUACUCUGAAGAGCAAAACAGAGAUGCCUAAAAUAGCAGACAUGAACCGCACACCUCAGUCGAUAGUGGACUAGUGCAGGCAUGAAAAAACAAAAAAAAUUGGGUCCGUGUGGAACAAACUUUAUUUUCAGUGCCACACAGUGUACUUCUCUGUGGCAGAGUGCCUGUAAUGUCUACAAUUAAUAAAACACUAAACCAGU